CAACCAAAGACUCCCAGACUUCUUUUUCUUACGAGGGGGAUACUUAUGGUGACUCAACCGCUCACUUUGAAUUUACUGAAAGUAUGUUGAUGGUAGCCAUGAAUGGCUUUCUGGCUGUGGCCGCUUUUCUUUCUUUGGCUCUUGCUGUGCCCAAAUCCCCUCUUAGCCCGAAAUGCCCUAUCAUCCUCGACGGUCGGAUACCCAAAGAUACGCCAGUUUCGACAUUUGAUACGGAUGCCUCGCCAUUCGACCCCAAAUAUACCAAGGGACAAAACCUUACCUGGUCCCAGAUAAUCAAGUAUCCAAGAGUGGCUCCCUCGAAGUUUGACGAUGAGGUCAAUGCAAGACCAAUCGAGGUGACCAUAAACGAUCAAUCACUUUUCGCCUCCGGUGGCACCAACGUCCAGUACGGAUUCCGCCGGGCAGGUCUUCUCUUGGGUAACGGCUCUGAUGCCAGCAACACUGGAAUCAGAACUUUCCAUUGGAGUAUUCGUCAAGAUCCAAGCCGAAAGUUGAAUCUGACUCAUGAGUAUAUGCUUGUUUGGCAUGAAGCGAAUGAUUUUGCCAGCAACCAAUGGAGUCUAAAUGCGGGAAUCUUGCUUGAGCAGGACAAACCCAAGGAUACGAACGGAUCCACGACUGGAUUGGAUAAGAGUCUGUGGAAGAUUUUGGAUCGCAAGAACAAUGUUAUCUGGACAGGUUUGAUCGACUUGUACGGAUGGGAAAACUUUGGAAUACUCAUGGACCACGAGAAGAAGUGAGUUCAUUCUUUUGUGUCUUCUCGUAAUGAAGCUGGCAACUGACCAACGUCAGCACUAUUCAAGUCUUCUACUCAAAGGGUUACUACCCUCUUCAAUCUGUCACCAAAUCGAUCUCAAAUGACAACAGUGGCGGAGGGCAAUUCCAGAUUGGGGUGCUGAAAAAGCCAACCGAAACCGAGAGUGUGGUAUUUGAUGGCUUCCAAGAAGCAGGCAUCGAUGAGGGCCAGAUUUAUGGUGGUAUUUUCGUCGAGAAUAGUGCUCAAGAUUGUAUUUCUGGCAGUGAAUUUCAGAGUCAUAUCUAA